CAAAAUUCAGAGAACAAGGAAAUGGAAAACGCCACUGUCAUCUCCGGCGACAAGCCUACCGUGAUGGUGACCAAUGACGACGGAAUUGAAGGGCCAGGACUUCUCGCUCUCGUCCAUGUCCUCGUCUCCACCCAUCGCUUCAAUGUUCUCGUCUGUGCCCCCGACUCGGAGAAGUCAGCAGUGAGUCACUGCAUCACAUGGCGCCAUCCGAUUGCUGCCAAGAAAGUGCAUAUCGAUGGAGCAACAGCGUAUGCUGUUUCUGGAUCUCCAGCUGAUUGUGCUUCUUUGGGUGUUUCCAAAACGCUUUUUCCUACAAUUCCUGACCUGGUAAUCAGUGGUAUAAACAAGGGCAGCAACUGCGGUUAUCACAUUGUUUACUCUGGAACGGUGGCUGGUGCUCGCGAGGCCUUUUUCAACGGUGUUCCUGCAAUAUCUGUAUCAUAUGAUUGGGUUGGAGGUAAGAGCAAUAUUAAUGAUUUCACAAUUGCUGCCGAGGCUUGCUUACCCAUCAUAAAUGGAGUACUGGUGGAAUUAAGAAACAAAACCUAUCCUCAAAGAUGUUUCUUGAAUGUAGAUCUGCCAUGUAAUGUUGCUAAUCAUAAGGGGUAUAAGCUCACUAAGCAAGGUAAAAGUAUAAUAAAAAUGGGGUGGAGGCAAGUUACUUCUGACUCGGAAGGUGGGAAAAUGUUGUCAACAAUGGUAAAUUCAAUUGCGUCAGCUGAAAUUGCUACAUCAACCACACCAGCUGAAAAUCCUUAUUUCGCGAGAGAAGUAAGGGGUGCCCAAGUUGAUGAGGAUGAUAAUGACCACCGCUUUCUUCAAGAAGGAUAUAUUACUGUCACUCCUCUUGGUGUCAUCUCUAAUGCUGAGAUAGACUGCCAGACCUACUUCAAAGAGUGGCUUCCAACCGUGGUUGAGCGCCCCUCUCCAUCGGCUUUAUAAAGCUAUUAAACGACCUGGUACUUGUGUGAUCAAACCUGGUCUUUGCACUGCUUUUACGAAUUAGUAUGAAAGUGUUAUGUACAUUGAGGGCCUGGAAUUAAUUCGUUGCCAAUUGAGUCUCCGUGUCACUAAAACGCUUGCAAAGUUUCUCAGGUAUUAUUUUCGGCUAUGCAGCCGUAGUGAGGCAACUCACCAUAAUACACAUGAACAAUUGUCUUACACAAGUAUUUUCCAGUGAUUAGAAUGACUUAUAAUAUACGGAUAUACUGUUAUAAAGA